UAGACUUCACAACUAGUUGACGGGAAAUCUCUUCAGUCUUGGCGCGCUGGCUUCGCGUAAGGGGCCGAUUGUUAUGGCGACUUUCACUGCGACAACUCAAACACACUCUGCGUUCUUACUCCGAAUUUAAGUGGAAACAGGACGAAAUCUUCAAGUUUUAGUGCAUACAAGCAGGCAGGAGUGUUUCUAGAGUGAUUUGGUCGAGGAUUCAAGGUAACUUAUAUAAAAUAGCACCAUGCGUGCACUUUGAAAACGUUGUGUAAAAAAUGGCAAAUUUGCGUAACUUUAGGUUGAAAUCUUUACGUAAAAUGAAUGAUAACUGUAGGAUAGUGAAGUCCACAGUUUUACGUAUUAGGAAACAAGAAAUGUACGUUUAGUUAGUGCCUACAUGGCAACUCAGCUCAGUUCCCGCGUCGCCUGCAUUUGCUGAAGCUCGUCGGGUUCUUCCCCGGGGACGUGCAGGCCGACCUGGACCGGGCCAAGGCAGAGGAGAAGGAGGACGACGAGGUGAUCUUGGCCCAGCUUGCCAGGGAGCUGGCCGACGACCAGCCGGACCCGCCGACGGACGAGUUGCUCCUCGCCGCGGUCGGCAACUACGCCGGCUACCUGGCCAGGAAGGUCCAGGCCAACUCCUCUGUGGCCGAGUGCUGCAAGCAGGAGCUUGCCCAGCAGGAGGAGAUGAAGAUUACCGUGGAGCUCGAGAGGGGCGACCCGCCCUCUGUGAUGUUCGACGCCCUGGUCGAGCUGGUCGACAGGGGAGAGCUGGAGACGGGCCGGGCGGUCCUGAAGCGGCCAUCUCUCCCAAUGGCCCACAUGGCGUCCUUCGGGAUGUCGCUGUGGGACUCCCUGAUGUGCAGGGAGGACAAGAAGGAGCGCAGGUUGAGGUUCCUCUCCCUUGCCAUGCGCCACAGGGACGGGUUCAGGCACCUCCUGGAGUUCCUGGCGGCCUCAGACCCGACCUUGCAGGGGUACAGGUGCCAGGAGGGGCACAACCUGGCCAACACCAUCUUGCCGCACAUCAGCAGGUCCCUCUUCAACUGUUUCGGUGCUAAUUUCUCCAAGGACGUGACCUCAGAAGCGAGGAAGAACAAGGCCUUGAAGCAGCCGACCGGCAGGAAGAGGAGCAGUAUCGAGGAGGGCAGGAAGGAGACGGCGAGGAACAGGGACGUGUACAAGUCCAGGAAACUGACCGGGGCCCACAAGUCAUAGGCCAAAAGGCUAAAGUGAUUGU